AGUUGAGUCAUUUGAUGAUCAUCCAUUCCCUCUUGCCAAGGCCAAUGGCAUCAAACAAACUUCCCAUUUCUUUCCUUCUUCUCUCUUUUUUCUUGUCUAGGAUUCAUGUCCAUGGACACCCUAAUUACAGUGAUGCCUUGGCCAAAUCAAUCUUGUUCUUCCAAGGCCAAAGAUCAGGGAGUCUCCCCAAGGACCAGAAGAUCACAUGGCGAUCAAACUCCGGGCUUUCUGAUGGUUCGGCCGCAAAAGUGGAUCUAACCGGAGGCUACUACGACGCUGGCGACAAUGUCAAGUUUGGCUUCCCCAUGGCCUUCACCACCACCAUGCUAUCAUGGAGUGUAAUUGAGAAUGGUAAGCGCAUGAAGAUUGAAGUCAACAAUGCGAGGGCUGCCAUCCGUUGGGCCACCGACUACCUCCUCAAGGCCGCCACCCAGACUCCAGGCAAGCUCUACGUCGGCGUCGGUGACCCAAAUGCCGACCACCAGUGCUGGGAGCGGCCUGAGGACAUGGACACUCCGAGGACCGUCUACUCGGUUUCAGCAGCCAACCCAGGCUCCGAUGUGGCGGCGGAGACUGCCGCAGCAUUGGCUGCUUCAUCAAUUGUGUUCCGGUCGGCUGAUCCGAAAUACUCAAAGCUACUGCUGUCAGUGGCAAGGAAGGUCAUGGAUUUUGCUGUGAAGUAUCAGGGGAAGUACAGCGAUUCGCUUGGAGGUGCUGCAUGUCCUUACUACUGCUCAUAUUCUGGCUAUAAGGAUGAGCUACUAUGGGGAGCUUCAUGGCUAUUUAGAGCAUCAAAUGACAUUUCUUACCUCAGCUACCUGAGAUCUUUAGGAGCCAACGACAACAUCGACAUUUUUAGCUGGGAUAACAAAUUGGCUGGUGCCCGUGUACUUCUAUCCAGGAAAACUUUGGUUGACAGAGACAAGUCCUUUGAACCCUUCAGACUGCAGGCUGAGGAUUUCAUGUGCAAGAUUUUACCCAACUCCCCUUCCUCAACAACACAGUACACACCAGGAGGUCUUAUAUUCAAGCAGAGCUCUGCUAAUCUCCAAUAUGUCACUUCCAUUUCUUUCUUACUGAAUACUUAUGCCAAGUACAUGAUGUCUUCCAACCACACCUUUAAGUGUGGGAACAUUUUGGUCAAACCAAAUAACCUGAGAACACUGGCCAAAAGACAGGUGGACUACAUUCUGGGUGAAAACCCUCUAAAUAUGUCCUACAUGGUGGGCUUCGGUACACGGUUUCCACAGAGGAUACACCACAGAGGCUCUUCUUUGCCCUCCUUGGCUAGCCACCCCAGUGCCAUUGGAUGCCAAGCUGGUUUUCAGUACUACAAGUCCAGCAACCCUAACCCUAACAUCUUAACAGGUGCCGUUGUUGGCGGUCCUGAUCAAAAUGAUGCCUUUCCAGAUGAUCGAACGGACUACAGCCACUCGGAGCCGGCUACAUACAUAAAUGCCCCUCUUAUUGGUUCUCUCGCUUUCUUGGUUGGAAGCUAUGAUAGUUAGAAAAAAGGUGUAGCACUCUAUGCAUGGAUGAUUGCACUAUGUUAAAAUUAACAAAGUUUAUGGGCUUGCUCAUAAAUUUAAAUGUAAUCUUCGAAUAAAUUGUCACUUUUAAUAUUCCUUGAAAUUAUAAAGAAAUGGAUCUGAAAUUUGUGUUA